AUGACAGUGAACGAAAUUCCGAUAUAUCAAGUCUCACUUUAUCCAAAAUGGAUUUUUGAAUGUGAAAACAUUCAUUUGAUUUUGAUUACUCCAAUUGUUGUACCUGGACCGAAGAAUUUAGGUGGGGUUACAAAAUUUUGCGUUACCCCAGGUGCUGAGAGUCGAGCCUACCACCUGUUGCCACAUUUAAAAUAUCUGUUCUAA